AUGGAGCAAGGUGAAAAAAUAAAUAGGAAUAGUAAGUGGGUGAAAGGAAAUGGGGGAGAGAGAGAAUGGUAUGGAAAGGAGGAUAAUGAUGAGACAACAUGCUUGGAAAAUAUUACAAGGACAUUUGAUGUUAUGCCUGUGAAGCGAUGUGCACAUGAGUUCAGAGGUUUGUUAUCUGAGGUCAUAACUGCAGAAGCAGCUGAACAAGAAAAAGAUGGUAAAACAGUUCUCACUUCUUGGUCAACCGCCAAACGUCUUCUAAAGGCUGAGCCAAGGUAUACAAAGAUGCCGAGGAAAGAUAGGGAAUCUAUGUGGCGCCGAUUUGUUGACGAGUUGCAGCGGAGGCAAAAGGUAGCACUUGAUCAAGAGACAGAGAAGCAUACAGAAUCAAGAAAGAGAACUUCUGUUGACUCUGGGAAGUAUUUAUCAGGAUCAAGGAGAACCCAUGAGCGAAGAUAG